UUAGAGGCGUGCGCGCUGUGAGCGGCUCGCUGAUUGGCCGCGCUCUGCAAACCAGUCGUACAUUGUAUCGGAGCCCGGUGUCGCCCUGCAAUGCGGAGCUGGAUGCGCGAGGCUGGCACCUACCACCACCUCUGAGCCAUGGCCAGGUUCGCGUUGACCAUCGUCAGGCAUGGAGAGACUCGAUACAACAAAGAGAAACUACUUCAAGGUCAAGGCAUAGAUGAACCUCUUUCCGAAAUUGGGUUCACGCAGGCAGAAGCCGCCGGCAGAUUCCUGAGCGAUGUCCGGUUCACUCAUGUGUUUUCCAGUGACCUGAUUCGGGCAAAACAGACGGCGUGUACCAUCAUGAAGAACAAUAAGCCUAGUGAGGAGAUUAAAAUAAACUAUGAUGCCAGGCUGCGAGAGAGGAAAUACGGUGUUGCAGAGGGGCAGCCUCUUAGUGAGCUGAAGAUCAUGGCAAAGAAAUCAGGACAGCAGUGUCCUUCCUAUACUCCCCCUGGAGGAGAAACCCUGGAUCAGGUCCGAGCUCGUGCCAAGGACUUCUUUGAGUUCCUCUGUCAGAUGGUCAUGGAUGAGGCAAGUGGCAAAGACCAGGAAUCUCGCAGCGCAGCAGGGCGCAGGCCCGUGACCGCCGUUGACCUCUCCCCGUUUAUAAAUCACAGCAAUGAAAACCAAGCUGGUUGCCAGGACAACAGUGAUGUCACCUUGGACGCCAGUAUUCUCCUGGUCAGCCAUGGAGCCUACAUGAGGAACUGGAUCAAGUAUUUUGUAGAAGAUCUUCACUUCACCUUUCCGCCUGAACUGAAGAAGUCCCGGGAACUAUCCGUUAGCCCCAACACGGGCAUCAGCCAUUUUAUCAUCAGUGUGAAGCCGGGAGAAAUAAAUAAUCCCGCCAUUCGUUGCGUUUGCAUCAAUCGCCACGACCACUUAGCGGACCUCAAUGCAGACACCAGCCAUUAUGUUGUAUGACAUUUGCCGACUCUUCUCAUUGUGCCUGGCCGGUAGGAGCAUGCUGGAAGUUGUAGUCCGCCAUCUGGUGGACAUGCUCGGAAUGCUUUUCCAUGCUGUAGCGUGUACAGUAAUUUAUCGUUAAAGAGCAGUAAGACUGCGGGGGUCAUGACGUCACGGCCACGCCCCUCAUGAUGUCGCGCCAUGCCCCUCAAUGCAAGUCUAUGGGAGGAGGCAUGGCAGCUGCCACGCCCCGUCAUAGACUUGCAUUGAGAGGGCGUGACGUCACGACCUCCGCACCCAGCGUUAAGAACAAAAUGUUCCAGAUGCUGGGGCAGUGGAGUACCCCUUUAAAGAGUGUCACUUACUCAGGAGGACCCAAUACCUCCAUGUAUUACGCAGACAGUAGAUUGACUUUAAUAGGUGCCAUGUUUCGUUUCAUUCGUCCUGUAGGGAUGCUGCAGGGUUCCAUCACAAAUUGAUUGAGGGAGGUCCUAACCCUGUGAUGGGCUUCUCAUUGGGGAUCUUUCAAAACAUUAGAAGAUAAAGGAAGAAAUAAAUUAAAACGUUGGGUAGGUUUGCUGUAGCAGCACGUUUGCCUCCUCCACCCCUCCCUGCCCUGCAUGAUUGAUGUGCUAAAAGCCAAACAGAGAGGAGUGGGGGAGGGAGGAGGCAUGUAUGCUGCGGCUUAGCUUGGCCUCUAUGACUUGAGCUUAGAAAGAAAACAUGAUUUUAUAACUUCUGUCUUUCUUCCCUGUUUGCUCUUAGGAUUUUAGAUCCCCUGCUAGUUCAGUGUCUACACAGAGCAUAGACUGUUGUAGUACAUUGUAAAAAAUGUAGUUUUUACACUUGGCAAUAUACAGUAGUUUGCCAAACUCAGUAUUAGCAGUUAUUCAGCCUAUAUACUGUAUGUAUACACUGUGCUUGGAAGGGAGCUCAACUGUAAUAUAUAAAGGGCUCCUGUCCUCCAUAUAACCUGGCACAGAUCCGUCCAUAGGUUUCAUUGAUCUCAUGACAGCGUGCAUGGAGUCUUGAGUUGUAAGAUAUAUAUAUUAUUGGGUUAUCUUGGAUUAGUAAAAAAAACAUGGCUCCUUUUUUUUUAAAGAAAAAAAAAACGGUGCCACCACUUGUCAGGUUCUGUAUGGUAUUACAGCUCAUUCACAUCAAUAGAGCUGAGCUGCUGUACCAGACUCAACCCAUGGACAGUUGUGGCGCUGUUUUUCUAAUCCUACAACCCCUUUUAGACAUUUCUUUAUACUUGUCUACAGUAUAUAAAUAAAUAAUAUAAAAUAAUAUUUAAGGGCUAUCUUUACUCUGUUUGCAGCUCAUUGUAACAACACGUCAAUCCAUGGGCAAGGUGCAAUUCAAAGGGGUACUCCGGUGGAAAACUUUAUUUAUUAUUUUUUUUUAUGAACUGGUGCCAGAAAGUUAAAUUGUAAAUUACUUAUAUUAAAAAAUCUUAAUCCUUUCAGUACUUUUUAUCAGCUGUUUGCUACAGAGGGAAAGCUUUUAUUUUUUUAAUUUCUUUUUUGUCUUGUCCACAGUGGUCUCUGCUGACACCUGAUGCCCGUAUCAGGAACUGUCCAGAGCAGGAGAAAAUCCCCAUAGCAAACCUAU